AUGACAAUGGCAACAAAGUCUCCCGCACAACAUGCGCCUGGAAAUAAUGACUCAUUCCGGACGGAGAAUGGCCGCCAGCUGAAAUCUCGCCCCGGUCGUUCCAACUCGACUUCUGCCUUGCAUUCACAGCGGAGCUCCGAGAAAACCACAAGCAUGGCUGGGCGAAAAGCAUCCGGGCAUGUGUCUGUCUACAGCAUGCCGGACAUUGCAGCUACAGCAGCUAAAGCUACAUUUACUCAUUGGACGAGCAUUUCCCUGAUGGUUUCGUUGAUCUUCGGAGGUUGCUGUGCGAAUGUAUUUGCGCUUGAAGCAAUAAUUAAGGAUCAACCAAGUUCAGGGCCAUUAAUAACCUUUGCUCAGUUCCUCCUAACUGCGCUUUUUAUGUCGCCGAGCUUCGUUUCGCCAUCGGCAGGCUACCGGUCGUUCUUUCUUGGUCGGCGCUCUAUCCCGUUACGGUCAUGGCUCAUUUACACAGCAUUCUUCGUUACAGUCAAUCUUUUGAACAAUUGGGCAUUUGCAUACCGGAUUUCUGUGCCCCUGCAUAUAAUUUUAAGAUCUGGGGGCCCAGUCGCAUCGAUCGUGGUUGGUUAUCUUUACACUGGCAAAAGAUAUUCUCAGGGGCAAAUGCUCGCUGUUGCACUACUUACCUUUGGGGUCGUCACAUCCGCAUUGGCAGAUGCACAAGCGAAGGGGCAAUCUAUCCAUAUUGAAGUCAAUCGGGAUUCUAGUAUAUCCAACACUGUUAUUGGCUUUGCUAUUCUUGCCUUAGCAAUGCUCCUCUCUGCAUUUCAAGGUAUCUACGCAGAUCGGUUAUAUGCAACUUAUGGACGGAACCAUUGGAAGGAAGCUCUUUUCUAUUCUCACAUACUUUCUUUGCCACUUUUCGUUCCGACCUUUCCGCAGCUUCUCGCACAGUGGCACGCACUAAACUCAUCCCCGUCAUUGUUAUCCCAGGUUACGGCAUUGGUAGGUCAGGCCGGAGACACAAAUACAUGUCUCACGCCUGGGGACACAGCAGUCUCGGGGGAGUCGUGUGCGAUAUCCACAAGCACUCCAGCCGCUGUUGUUUACCAAGCGCUGUUGACCUGCCGUGGUUACGAGACCUUUCAGCCCAUUUUAACUGGUAUCCCAGUUAAAAUUUUCCAUCUUCUAUUAAACGCAUUGACGCAAUAUUGGUGUAUUCGUGGAGUUCACCUUCUCUCUGCAAAGUCAUCGUCUUUGACUGUUACGAUUGUGUUGAACAUCCGGAAGCUAAUUUCGCUCCUGUUGUCAAUACAUCUUUUUGGGAACUCUCUUUCCCAGGGUGUGCUCGUUGGUGCUAUUCUUGUAUUUGUGGGCGCCGCCAUGUAUGGCUUUGAAGGCGCACGGCUCAGGAGGGAAACCGUGAAAAGGGAUUAA